CCCGAGGACUCGGUCUGUUAUUUAUUAUGUUAUAUAUAUAUUUAUAGAAUAUGCAUUAUUUUGUUUACCACGUUUCAUCAUUUAAUUUAUGUUCGAUUCUCAAAUUACAUUAUUCUUUUUAUCAGUUAAUUGUGCGUAUUUACGAACGACGGACGUGUUUGUAUUUUGUUUGAUUCAAUUAUUUUAUUUUUUUAUCUAUUUAUUACGCGUAUGUACGAACGACCCAGUGUAUUUUUACUGAAAUGGAACGAUGGUUUAAAACGGUUAUAAUAAGACUUAUAAUAUUAUAGGUCUAUGGUCUAAAUAAACAUAUUAACAUUAAUUAAGGUUUGGUUAUUAAUUAUUAAGGGUCUAAACCAUAAAGUAAGUAAUAGUAAAGAAAUCAAACUCUAUGGUCUAAACACAGAAUUGAAUUGAACCGUAUACCUUUGCGCAUGCGUUAGUACCAUAUCAUAAAUUAGAAUUUCUUAUCAGUUAUCGUUAUAUGAUUCAUAAAUUAUGAAUAUUUAUAUUAUAUUUAAUAUUUUUAUAUUAUAAUUAUUAUAUUAUUUAACGACUAAAUUGUAUAACUAUUUUCUUUUUGAAUGUAUGGAGUAUCCUUUUCCUAUUCCCAUUAUCCUUUCCUCAAAAACUGUUCUUCCCAUAAAUCCUUGUAAGAGCACUAUAAUUAUUAAUUUAUUCUAUCAUAGAUGCAAUUUUCGUGCAAUCAAUCACAUUUUAGAUUCUGAGUGGAGCGAAGAAGCUUAUAAUUUUACAAAGAUGUUAAAUUUGUUUUAUCUGUACGCAACUUUUAUUCCAGAAGACUUACACAGGUUUUUAAAUGUAGCACCUUUUCUAAAAGGAAAUCGGCGUGGGAAGGUACUUUAGGAGGUAAUUUUUCGAUAUUUUAAAAGUUUUCUCAUCAAAUUUGAAAAACAGGAAAAUGUACGAAAUAUAUUUCUAAAAUAUUACGAUUUUUUUUUCCUGUGCACAAGUUUUCUACCAGUGAUUUCGCUCCAACUUUUAAUGAUAGCAAUGUUUCUGAAAAAAAAUUGUCAUUAGGUAAGUACUUUGGAUAGGUCAAUUUUCGAUUUUCCCAAGAGUUUUCCCAGCAAAUAUGAAAAACCGGGAUAAAACCUGAGAAAAAAGUAGAAAAACUGGGAAAAUCGGUACAACAUUAAACAAAUAUUAUUAAAGAAAAUAUAUAAAGCCUAUUUAAUUAUUUUACUAUAGUAUGACAUAUAUUGUUCACAAAGCAUCACUAUCAGCCGAACUCUGCUCAAAAUCGUUUUUUCGUAAGCAAUGGUUUAUCGUUGCUUACAGGUAUACAUUAAAUUAUCUAUAACAUUGGCUUCACCUGUCCACAUUAUUUAAGGACGUUUUUUUUAAGUAUCUCUAAUAUAUAGUUCUCAGAGGGUUUUAUUUUAUUACAUAUUUAUUUAUGUCUAAUAUUGGGUCUAUUCUUUAGUUCUACCUUAAUAUUCUACCGAAUUAUACCUAAAUGGUUAUUCAAAUUAGUAUGUCCUUAUAUCACUUCUUAUUUCAUUGUUCCUUAUUUUUUUGUUAUCGUAACAUUAUAUUUAAUAGUGAUACUAUUAUUAUUUAUACUUAUUAAUUAAACUUUAUAUUUUAUUCUUGCUUUUAAUAAUUGCAAAAUUUUAACAAGUAAUCUCAAAUACUAUAUGUAGGUGUACAAAAUAUUUAUAAAUUUAUAAUAGGUUUUGAAAACAAUAUGAAAUAAUUUUGAUGUCUAUUUGGCCAAUACAAUUAUACAAAUAAUUGCCUACCUAUUUGUCUAAAAUUAAUAUUAAUGUUAUUAAAUUUCUAAGUAACAGUUACUUUAAAUAAAUACUAAAAGCCUGAGAUAUAUUAUAAUAAGAAAAAAGAAGUUUAUUAAUUUAAUUUAAGAAGGCUUGUUUACAAAAAUAACAUUUUUAUGUAAUAUCUAUUAUCCUCAUAAAAAUUAUAAUUUCCAUGUCAAAAUAUAUAUCUAAUAAUUAAUAUAAAGUAUUUACUUUCAAAUGAAAAUGGUUUGAUUGUUUAAUGGAUAUAAACAACCUACCUAUAAUUAAUAAUGACAUUAAUUUAUUAUUGGUAACAUAUGUACAACAUUAGUUGACGACAAUACAAUUUUAAAAAUGGGUUAAAAAAUUAAUUUUUAGAUAUUGGAUAGUCAACUUAUUAAACCAUUAAAAGUACAAAUCAGGAGUUGUAUAGGCAACAUUCUGUACAAAAUUGGGAACCACUGGGCUUUCUUUUCAAAUGUUACUAACAGUUGGUAUAUGAUCAGUAUACCAGUAUAUACGUUCAUAUACAUGAUAAUUAAACUAAACUAUGAAAAUCUUUGUCUGUGAUAAAAAUAUUAAAAACUAAAACUAGAGUUCAAUCAAUUUAAUUAAUACAACUAUACAAUACCACAAUUUAAUUAAAAUGGAAAAGCCCCAGAAAAUUCCGAAAGUUGCAAAAGUAUGGACAUUUUUGUAUUUAUGAAAAAUAAGGAUUUUGUUGUUUUAUUUAUUUAUAUAGUAAUAUCUAUGUUAUAUUCUUUUUCAUAGGUGAAAAACAAGGCGCCAGCAGAAAUACAAAUUACUGCUGAACAGUUGUUGAGAGAAGCAAAAGAAAGGGAUCUUGAAAUUGUACCACCUGUAAGUAUUUUACCAUACUAGAAUCAAGUAUUGCUUUACAUAAGUUCAUGAGAUUAUUAUUCAAUCUAUAAUACCUAACCAAUUAAUUUAUUAUUUUUAAAUCUUCAAUUGAAAAUUUAGCCUCCUAAACAAAAAAUAUCAGACCCAGCUGAGUUAAGAGAUUACCAACAUAGAAAACGUCGCGCAUUUGAGGAUAAUAUCCGAAGAAACCGUACAAAUAUUAGUAAUUGGAUAAAAUACGCUGCGUGGGAAGAAAGUCAAAAAGAAAUUCCAAGGUAACACAAAUUCCAUUCAGCCAUACCUGUCUUCUUAUUUGGAUUUUUUGAUAGUAUCUUUUUAUUUGCCAUACUGUCUGACAAUUUGUUUACAUUAUGUUUGGGAAUUCUUUUUAAUAUAGGUAUAAGUUUUUAUAUACUUGUACUAAAUCAGUGGUGAAUACUGAUCCACAUUUUCUUUUUCUUUGUUGUAAUUCAAGUUAAUUAAUUUUUUUUUUUUAGGGCACGAUCAAUCUACGAAAGAGCAUUAGAUACUGACUAUAGAAAUAUAACACUAUGGCUAAAAUACGCCGAACUAGAAAUGAGACACCGACAAGUGAUGCAUGCCAGAAAUCUUUGGGAUCGUGCAGUUGUUGUUAUGCCCCGUGCAAAUCAAUUCUGGUACAAAUAUACGUACAUGGAAGAAAUGUUGGGCAAUGUUGCUGGUAAAAUUAUUAAACAUUCAUUUGUACAAUAAUUUUCUUUACUAAAUAUGCAAAUCAUUUUUUAGGAGCUAGGUCAGUAUUUGAACGAUGGAUGGAAUGGGAACCUCCAGAACAAGCUUGGUUAACUUAUAUAAAAUUUGAAUUACGUUAUCAUGAAGUGGAUCGUGCCAGAAAAAUUUAUAAUAGUUUUGUGAUGGUACAUCCAGAUGUUACAAAUUGGAUAAGAUAUGCCCGGUAAAUUGUGUUAUUUAUUUUAAAUAUGUAAAGUGAAUAUUAUUGUUAUUAUUUUUUUUUUUUAGAUUUGAAGAACAGAAUGGCUUCAUUGCAGGAGCAAGAACUGUAUUUGAAAAGGCAAUUGAAUUUUUUGGUGAUGAGCAUAUUAAUGAAAAUUUAUUUAUUGCUUUUGCAAAAUUCGAAGAACGGCAAAAAGAAGUAUUUUAAUUAAAUUAUUAAAAAUGGUUUUAAUUUUACUAUUAAAAAUAUUUUAUUUUAGCAUGAACGUGUGCGAGUAAUUUAUAAAUAUGCUUUAGAUCACGUCUCCAAAGAUAGAUGUCAUGAUAUCUAUAAAGCUUAUACAAUACAUGAAAAAAAGUUUGGUGAUCGAACAGCAAUUGAGAGUGUCAUUAGUAGUAAAAGAAAACUGCAAUACGAACAAGUACAUAAAUAUUUUAAUUAUUUUAACAGUAUUUUUUAAACAACAUAUAAUUUUUAGGAAGUUAAAGGUAAUCCAACAAAUUACGAUGCUUGGUUUGAUUAUUUAAAAUUAGUAGAGAGUGAAGGAAAUUUAGAAGUUAUUAGAGAUACUUAUGAACGAGCCGUUGCCAAUAUACCUCCAUCAAACGUGAAUAUUUUUUUAUAUUAUAUUUACUUUAAUACUUAUAAAACUAUGUUAAAGUCCUUUAUUCUCUUUAAUUUAUUAUGUGCCUGGUGUGUUUUAUGUAGAUUUCUUAUUUUAUUAUAUUUUAUCAAAUAAAUGUUUAUUUUUUAGGAAAAGCAUGCAUGGCGGCGAUAUGUAUACUUGUGGAUAAAUUAUGCUUUAUUUGAAGAACUAGAAGCUGAAGAUGAAGAACGUACUCGUGAUGUAUAUCAAACAUUUAUAUCUACUAUACCUCAUAAAAUAUUCACAUUUUCAAAAGCUUGGUUAUAUUAUGCCCAAUUUGAAAUACGCCAUAAAAACUUAACAGCUGCAAGAAAACGAAUGGUAAUAAAAAAAAUAAAAGAAGUUUUAUUAAUUUUACAAACUCAUUAUUUAUUUUGCAGGGUGUAGCAUUGGGUUUGUGUCCUAGGGAUAAACUAUUUAGAGGCUAUAUUGAUUUAGAAAUACAACUAAGAGAAUUUGAACGAUGUCGAAUAUUAUAUGAAAAGUAUUUAGAAUUUGGCCCAGAAAAUUGUGUCACGUGGAUUAGAGUAAAUAUGUUUACUUUUAUUCUUUCUUUACUACGUCUAUACUCAUAAAAUAGUUUCAAUAAUUCCUUUUAAAAAUGUAUCUAUUUACAUAGAAAUUAAUUUUAGUUUGCAGAAUUAGAAACAGUAUUAGGAGACAUAGGACGAGCCAGAGCUAUUUAUGAAUUAGCUGUUAAUCAACAACGUUUAGAUAUGCCAGAAGUUCUAUGGAAAUCUUUUAUAGAUUUUGAAACAUUACAAGGAGAAACAGAAAAAGCCAGAAAAUUGUAUGAAAGACUUCUAGAGAGAACUAAUCAUUUUAAAGUAAUUAUUUUAAAAUAUUUUUUGUAUGCUGUUUUUAGUUAACAAAUUUGGGUUUUUUUUUUGUAGGUUUGGAUGAGCUACGCUCAAUUUGAAAUGACUUCAGAAGAAGAGGGUAUUGACACUGUCUCAGUAGCGAGAAGAGUAUUUGAAAGAGGUAAUGAUGCAUUGCGUAGGGGUGGUACACCAGAAGAACGAGAAGGCAUUUUACAGUCAUGGUAUAAAUUUGAAGAAGAGAAUGGCGAUGAAGAAGCUAAAAACAAAGUUAAAAAUUUGUUGCCAAAGAGAAUCAAAAAGAGGGUGCCUUAUACUUCUGAGAAUGGAGUAAUGAAAUUUUAUGCUUCAAAUUAUUUAUUUUUUAUUUUUACAUUGAUUAAUUUGUGUUUUUAUAAAAUUUCAGAGAGACAAAGGAUGGGAGGAAAAGAUAGAUUAUAUUUUCCCAGAAGAUGAUGCUGUAAGACCAAAUCUAAAACUUUUAGAAGUAGCUAAAGCUUGGAAGAAAAGGAAAUUGGAGGAAAUAUAAAUUUAUACUUUUUUUUUUUUUUUUUAUUAUUUUCAAAAUAUAAAUAUCAUUCAUAAAUGUUUAUGUAUUAAUCACAGUCAUCUAAUCGUACAGGAUGAUCCAAUGGUUUAAUUGAUUUUUUUUCAAUAUCUCUAGAAAGUGCUUUCCUCAUGUCUAAAAAUAUAAUUUUGUUAAAUAAUCGAUUUAUAUAUAACUACUAUAAUAAAUAAUUUAAAAUAAUACCAUAUGCAUCUUCAUCGGGAUCCCCUGAAUAGUAUUCUAAUACUGUACGGUACACUGUAUAUCCUAGGCUUUUAUACAUAGAUAUAGCAACUGUGUUGGUGACACGUACAUAUAGAUCGACAAACCAUGCAUCUUUUCUAAAAAUGAAUAAAAUUUUAGAGAUUGCAAUUUUAAUUUUAAUAAUAAAUAUAUUAUUCACUUCUCUGAUAUGCUUUCUAGCCAAUUCAUUAAAACACCUGCGAUACCCAACCUUCUAUAUUCUGGAGCAACAGUUAAAGCAGUUACAUGCCCAUGCCAACUGUCUGGUUGUCCUUCAGAUUUUCCCAUAA